AUGGCGGACGAGCUCAACCACAACGGCAUCAAUAGCAUGGAUAGUGUGAUCCCGGUCCCUGGCGCCAACAGUGUUGCUGGAGGCGACAACAGUGGCAGCGAUAAAAGCGAUGCGUCCGAUGUCACUGUCACCCCCGGAAGUUUGUCCCCGGGCGGCCUUCGACUCGUUGCCCGCGAUGCCAGCCCCGAGUCAAACAGCGCCGGGCCCGCCCCCAACCCAGAUCAGCUCGCCAGCCAAUUCUACGCUGAGCGGAUGUCGAUGGACCAUCCCGACGACCCCCUCGACCGCUUUGCGCCGUCGCCUGGCUCCGACGACGUAUUUCUCCCACAGCCUGUUGGUGCACACGACGCGGGAGACCGCUGUCCGUAUGACUUGCCAGAGUGCUGCGAACCCUUUGCCGAUGGCGUCGAAGGCAGCGCCAUGUUUGGUCUUUUCUUCCUUGCCUGCUUCGACGUCUAUGUCACAGCCGUGCUGUUGAAGACCCGCGGGGAGCUGUUGACGCUGUUUUUGAUCCGGUAUAUCGUCCAGCCAGUCCUACUUGCGUUCCUUCUCGGCAUCCAGUUGCUAUUCUACUACUUCCUCUUCUACCACGUCCUCGUCAAAGAACUCAUUCCCUACAGCUUCCCCAACGAGCUCGCAUGGUGCAGGAGCAUGAUUGCAAAAGGAAAUAACAUGUUCAACAGAAGAAUGGCUACGUUCAACAUAGGAACGAACUGGUUCAGAAAUUACAAGAACCGGUUCAGAAGAGCCCGGAAUGCGGCGGUUGAAACGCCACGCAACUGGUUCAACGCAGUUUUUGCCCGUCAAGGACCUGCCGCACCCGCCCAUGAAGAGAUAGAAAUGGAGGCCGUUUCUGGCUAG